AUGGGGGCCGACUUGUAUGAUUCAGAGUCGGAGGAGACGGAUGUCGGGGAGCUGGAAGAGACACCAGGUGAGGAGCUAUUUGCAACUUCCACGCAUGCAUCGCAGGCAUCUUGCAAUGCAAGUCGGAGUACCCUUCUUCGGUUACGGGUGUAG